AGUUCUCCUCCUUCCAAACUGCAGUCUGAGCUCUGAAUUCGGUGGCAAAAAUGGCGGAUCAAUUGGAAUUGGUUAUACUCUCAUCAUCGAUCAUACUCUUCUCUCUCAUUGCUCCCUCCUCCGUCUCCGCCUCCUCCUUUCCAGAAUCUAAGUGUUCGCACUCAUCAUGCCAAAAUGGAACCCUCGAUCUGAUCUCCGAGAUUCAAGAAGCAAAGCUUCGGAUUGCUCGAUUAGAAUCCAUUCUCGACGGAACAAUCCGUGACAUUAAUGCAAAAACUUCUCUCCUCAAACAAACCGAUAAACGACUCGAUGAGAUGUCCAGUGAGAUUAGCAGACUACAAACUAUUGCAUCUAAGUUGAAGGGUGAGUCCUUACAGGCAGAUGAACAUGUUAAGCAGCUGGAAGAAGAGGUCCGAGUUCUUUGGGCUACUCUGAGAAGAAGCAACUUUGAAGUUUACGUUCUGGAGUCUAAAGUAAAAGAUAACAAGGAAAAUUUGAACAUGGUUGCUUCUCAAGUUCAGAAGAUGGCAGACAUAGUAUCUGAACAGUGGAUUCAAAUUCAGCAACUUCAACAAGCUCUUGUUAUUGUGAAGACUAGGACACUGCAUGUUAAGGAAGGAGGAGGAGGCUUAUUCUCAAGAUUCACUUCCCUUAUGUCUGGCAGAGACAAAGAAGAAUCUUAUAUUUCCUCAACUUUGCUUGCAUUCAAGAAAUACCAUCUACAGUUGCAACAUCUCAUCAAGAAGGAGAUGGAGAAGAACAAAUAUCUUGCAAUUCUUGCCCAUAAUGAAGUAGUGUUUUUGUUGGCUUCAGCUCUGAUCACUUUACCUGCUGUGGGUGCUUGGAUAAUCCUCUUUUCACGGCUCAGCUCGGAAGAAGAAGAAGAAGAAGCAACCCAUUAAUUUUUUUUAUUUUUUGAAUUAUUAUAUCCAUGAUGUGCGUGUAAUGGUUUGUAUUGACAUAUCUUAAAAGACAAAAGAAGUGUAUUUCUCAA